CAUCAGCUGUUGAGAGUGACAGACGCAGCGGCCCCUGGAACUCUUAUGUGAACAUUUCUCCCCCGACCUGAGCGUGCGGUGCAGCUAGUUUGGGCCUGUCCGCUUCACGUUGGGCUGGUUGGGAGGCACACCGAACUGUACAAUGCACAUGCUGGCCUCAAACGGAUCCAUAAUGGACAACUUGAACUCGGAGUUGGUGAAAAUUAAAGCGCACUUCUGCGGGGACAUGUUGAUCAUGGACUUGGCAGCCACAGUAACUUUUGUGGAGCUGUGUGAGGAGGUGAGAACGAUGUGCAGCGUUGCCAAGCAGCAGCCCAUCACACUCAAGUGGAUUGAUGAUGAAGGGGACCCUUGUACCAUCUCGUCUCAGAUGGAGCUGGAGGAGGCAUUUCGUAUUCACAAUCGAACCAAGAGGUCUGGACUGCUGCUGCAUGUGUUCCCCAGCAUCCCGGAGCGGCCUGGCAUGCCCUGCCCUGGAGAGGACAAAUCGAUCUAUCGCCGCGUGGCCAGAAGAUGGAGGAAACUCUACAGAGUCAACGGACACCUCUUCCAGGCCAAGCGCUUUAACAGGAAAGCCUACUGUGGCCACUGUAGUGAAAGGAUAUGGGGGCUGGGCAGGCAGGGCUACAAGUGUAUCAACUGCAAACUGCUGGUCCAUAAGCGCUGUCACAGACUCAUCCCUCAGACCUGCCAAAGGCUUAUGGAUCCAGUCAUGCCAUCACAAGAGCCCCCUUCAGACGCCAAGAGUGAAGAGGUGGACCUUCCACCAGAUGACACAGAGGACACAGAUGGGAUACCUUUUUUACCGCACAACUGUACAGUGGAUAAAACAGAAGACACAGACACAGAGGACAUCAAAGCAGUAGUGGAUGGCAUCGAUGGCAUUAAGCUGUCCCAGGGCCUGGCGCUCGGGCUGAGCGAUUUUGACCUGAUCCGAGUGAUCGGCCGUGGAAGCUAUGCGAAGGUUCUGCUGGUUCGGCUAAAGAAGAAUGAGCAGGUGUACGCCAUGAAGGUGGUGAAGAAGGAGCUGGUCCAUGAUGAUGAGGAUAUUGACUGGGUGCAGACAGAGAAGCAUGUGUUUGAGCAGGCGUCCACCAAUCCAUUCCUAGUAGGCCUCCACUCCUGUUUCCAGACAGAAAGUCGGUUAUUUCUGGUGAUUGAAUAUGUGAACGGCGGAGACUUGAUGUUUCAUAUGCAGCGACAAAGGAAGCUCCCUGAAGAACAUGCAAGAUUUUAUGCUGCUGAAAUCUGUAUCGCUCUGAACUUCCUGCAUGAAAAGGGCAUCAUCUACCGCGACCUGAAGCUGGACAACGUUCUCUUGGACCACGAGGGACACAUCAAGCUCACAGACUAUGGCAUGUGCAAGGAGGGGAUCAGACCAGGUGAUACCACUAGUACCUUCUGCGGAACACCUAACUACAUUGCACCUGAGAUCCUCAGAGGAGAGGACUACGGCUUCAGUGUGGACUGGUGGGCUCUGGGAGUGCUGAUGUUUGAGAUGAUGGCUGGGAGGUCCCCGUUUGACAUUAUCACAGACAAUCCUGACAUGAACACAGAGGAGUACCUCUUUCAAGUUAUUCUUGAGAAGCCCAUUCGCAUCCCAAGGUCUCUGUCUGUGAAAGCUGCCAGCGUGCUCAAGGGCUUUCUAAACAAGGAUCCUAAGGAGCGGCUGGGAUGCCAGGUCCAGACGGGCUUCACCGAUAUCAAGUCACACACAUUUUUCCGCAGUAUAGACUGGGACCAGCUGGAGAAGAAAGAGGUGACACCACCCUUCAAACCUCAAAUCUCUGAUGACUACGGCCUCGAAAACUUCGACACGCAGUUUACUAAUGAACCAGUGCAGCUAACACCAGAUGAUGAGGACGUCAUCAAGAGAAUAGACCAGUCCGAGUUUGAGGGAUUUGAAUACAUCAACCCCCUGCUGCUAUCCACAGACGAGUCUGUAUGAAGGAGAGACCAGCUUCCUCCUUCGCCCACCUACUGUUUGUCCAAGCUGCCGUCUCAGCCAAAAAACCACUCGCAAGCCAACUCUGAAAGGCGAGGAGGAGGAGGAAGAGUAAAGGACAACAGGGAGGACGAACUCCCCCUCUGGACCUGUCAACAAGGCAAAGCAAACAGGAAAAUGGGAGAGUUUCCUUCCUGGACGAUUCAGAUUGUUGUGUCGGGUACUGAACUCUUCUUGUCAUCUACAAGGAAAACAAAGAUACUGGACUUCAAGAACAUUCCCUGUCGUUACGUUGUCUUCCCCUUUCUUUUCUUUUUCUCCGUCGGCUUCAUUCCUUCCCCCCUUCGACUGUCCAUCCUCGUGUCGAAGCACGACUGGCUUUGUAAUUUGAACAGAGAGCUGUUUCAUUCUGUGCCUGCCGUCAUGAACACACUUCUCAUGUCCGUCUCAUGUCCCUGGAUCAAUAUGACAGUUCUGCUGAAGGACUUGAAAUUUUACGUGCACUUUUGUUGUUUUAUUAAUUUUUUUUUUUCUCUAUCUUGUAGGGAGGGGGGGCGAUGCCUCACACAAAACAAGAAUGUACAAUGACAAAGGAAAAAAUAAGUUAUUAUUGUGUAUUAUAAUGUAGGUAGUGAAUCCAAAAUUGACGAUGCCUUUUUAUUGAUGCAAGUGGCACAUUUUCAUCCGUAACCACAAACUUUUCUUUUUUUGGGUGGGGUGG